AUGAUGAAUUCAAACGCAAUUAAGCCUCAAGAACAGUACGUACCUCCUCCGUACAAUUACCCGCGAUGGCAAGGACAACAACAAAUGCCCGGACAAAUUCAGUACGUGCAACCGUACGAUAGUGCUGAAAUUAAUAAUAUACAUGAUUGGCUACCAUGGUCGAUUAUCAACAUCUUCAUCGGCUUCUUAUUCGCCGGCAUUUUGCCACUGAUAUUCAGUAUUGUGUGUCGCAAUCGUAAACGAGAAAACAACGUUCAUGGUGCAAGAGCAACGAGCACAUUAGCGCUCGUCUUUAAUAUACUUGUUACGCUAGGAGGAAUCGCUGGAUGGAUUGGACUCAUUGUUGUCAUUGUUAUUCUUACUAGAGCUGUCGAAAAUGUUGCUACCACUUCUUGUUUAACCUAUCCAUUUUGUCGUUAA